CUGCCAGAGCACGCAUGCGCGAGAUGGCACGCGGCCCGUGAUUGGCGGCGCUGAGCAGCGGGGCGGGGCCACGGCACUGACAGUUGUCGGGGGGAGAGGGCGAGUCGAGCCAGGGGGAGGGAGUGUAAAUAGAGCGAGGGCGGCGUGGCGGCGGCCCCGCCACCUCUGGGCGACCCGCGAGGAGCCCGAGAGAGAUGGACGAAGAUGAGCAAGAGCAGCGGCGCAAGAAGGUGGAAGCCGGGAGAGCGAAGCUUGCUCACUUCCGACAGAGGAAAACAAAAAGUGACUGUACGCAUUCGAAGAAAAAGACGUCGAAGAGGAAGGGCUCGGCUGUCGAUGCGCCUGUCCCGGAGGAGGGUCCGGUAGCUGCCCAGGACGGCAGGCCCCUGGGAGCAAGGGAUCUCGGCAGAAGCACGCCAUGCAGCCGCACCACAAAUGGGGCCAGAGGGGCACUCUCAGCUCAGGAAGAAGAACAAGAUUGUGAACUGGCAAGCAGAUCCGAGGAUGAGGCUGCCCAGCAGCAGCAGCCUCAGACGGCACCCAGCCUGGAGCUGGAGGCGCUGCGCCUGAGCCUCAGCAACAUGCACACGGUGCAGCUGGAGCUAACGCAGGCCAACCUGCAGAAGGAGAAGGAGUCCGCACUGGCUGAGCUGCGGGAGAUGCUCAACGGGCGGCGUGCGCAGGAGCUGGCCCUGCUGCAGAGCAGGCUGCAGUGCGAGCUGGAGCUGGUCCGGGAGCAGCAUGCGCGAGAGAAGGAGGCGAUGGCACUCCGCUGUGGGCAGGAGACAGCGGAGCUGAAAGAGAAGCUGCGGUCAGAAAUGGAGAAAAGUGUGCAGAUGGUUGAGACCCUAAAACAAGACUGGGAAUCUGAAAGAGAGUUAUGCUUAGAAAAUCUACGCAAAGAAUUAUCCGCAAAGCACCAGUCAGAAAUGGAGGAUUUGCAAAACCAGUUUCAGAAAGAAUUGGCAGGACAGAGAGCUGAGUUGGAAAAGAUUUUUCAAGCUAAAAAUCAGGCUGAAGUCUCCCUGAAGAACCUGGAGGCUCAACACCAGGCAGCCAUCAAGCAGUUACGCGAGGACCUGCAGGUGGAGCGCUGCCAGUGCCUGGAAGACCUGGAGUUGAGGUUCAGAGAGAGGGAGAGAGAAAAGCAGCUGGAGCUGGAGAAUCUUCAAGCGUCCUAUGAAGCCCUGAAGGCCCAGUCACAAGAAGAAGUCAGGCGCCUGUGGUCCCAGCUUGAGUCUGUGAGAACCAACAGAGAGGAGCUGAAUGGGCCCCUGGAGCCACUGCUGACACGAGCCUCCUGCCUGGAGGAGCUGGAGCACCUGCGGCAAGGCUUUGCUGAGCAGCAGCAGCGAGACCGCAGCCAACAUGAGUCUGAGCUGCAGCAGCUACGGGUCUACUUUGAGAAGAAGUUGAGGGAUGCUGAGAAGACUUACCAGGAGGACCUGACCCUGUUCCAGCAGCGGCUGCAGGAGGCCAAGGAGGAGCCCCCUUUGGGGUCUGGUGAAGUCAGUUCAUCCUGUACAUUUUUAGAAGAGAUGUCUUACGGAAAAAGAAAAGAACACUCUGAUCAACUUGACCUUCGUCUUGAGCGGCAGAAGAUGGGGCCAGCGUGGGAUUCCUCCCUGCACGUCCAGCAUGAGGACCAGUUGGACAGAUGCCUCCUGGGACCUGAGGUGUUGGAGCUAGAGCCACUCCAAGCUGUGCCUUCAGAGCAGCACAGCCAAGAGACCCAACAGGUACAUCACCAGUGUGUGCAGGAUGUGACCUUGAAGGAGGACAUGCAGGUUGCCGCCAGAGUUCUGGCUUUGGAAGCUGAGCACAAGGUCAGACUGUCUCUUCAACAGACUGAACUCAAGGAACAAAUCGAACUCUUAAAAAUAGAAAACAGAAACUUACAGGAGAAGUUGCAGCACGAGACCCGUCUGAAAGAGGAUCUGGAGAGUGUAAAACGUAGUUUGUUAGAAGACCACCAGGAAGAACUAAAUAAAGCUGAGCAGAAGGUUCAGCUACUGAAACAAGAGUUCAGAAACAAAGAAGUGGAGUGGGAGCUUUUACGCGAGGGCCUGAGGAGAGAAGCUGAGGAGAACUUAGCCUCAAUGUGCCGUGAGCUAAAAGAAAAGGCCGAGUCUGAGAAGCAGUGUGCUGUGAGCAGGUUUGAGCAUCGGGAAGCUGGGAUGAGGCACCUGCAGGACCAGCAGGCCGCACAGAUCCUGGCCCUGGAGAAGUCCCUGGCGGAGCAGCAGGGCCGCCUGCGGCAGCUGGAACAGGCCCUUGCUGGGGACGAGGCUCUGCCCUGCCAUGGGUGCAGCCAGGACCCCCCUGUAACUUCGGACGGGCAGCGUGGCACACUCCUCGAGGGGAAGGAAGAGUAUGCCCUUCAACUGAUGCAGGCUCGGAACAGGUUUUUGGAGGAGCGUAAAGAGAUCAUGGAGAAGUGUGCUGCGGACCAAGAUGCUGUCCUGCGGGACGCUCAGGAGAAGCACGCUCAGGAGAAGCACGCCCACGAGCUGCAGCUCCUGCAGCAGGGACACCAGCAGCAGCUUCUGGCCUUGAGGACAGAACUUGAGAGCAGGCACCCGGUGGAGCUGGCCGAGCUGGCGGCCACCUUGGAGAGGGAGCAGCAGGUGCUCCUCGAGGCUCGCGUGGCCGAGCUGCAGGCGAAACACGCUGCGGAAGUCAGUGCUCUGGAAAGGAGGCGUUCGUCAAGCCUGGAUGCUCUGGAACCCUGCUGCACGUCUGGGGUUCAGGCCAUGCAGGACCAGCACAGGCAGGCUCUGGAGCUUCUGCGAGCAGAGCUUGAGGAACAGCUGCAGGAAAAGGACUCUUCUCACCAAGCAGUGUUGGCUCAGGAGUCGGAGAGACUUAAGCUAAAACACGAGAAGGAGCGCCAGUCCGCCAAGGACAGCCCGAGAGCGGAAAGGCGUGCCGAACACACAGAGCAGCUGAAAGCCCUGGCCAUGCAGCUCCAGGGUGCGCACCAGGCUGCAUUGGAGAGUGAGCAGGAGCCUGCGGCGUGUGAACAGGAGAGUGAGCAGGCGCGGUCUCUCUGCCAAAGGAGGAGCAGGCCUCUGCAGCCCCAGGAGGACAGCCAGGUUCAGCAGCUGAAAGGCCAAGUCCUGUCCUUAACCCAGGAGGUGGAGGAGUGCCGGGCUGAGCUUGAGAGGUUACGGCAGAGGCGUGAGAGGGAGAACCAAGAGGGCGCCACCCUUGUCUCCAUGCUCAGGGCGGAUGUGGACCUGUCUCAGAGCGAAAGGGGAGCGCUCCGUGAUGCCCUGAGGAGGCUGCUGGGUGUGUUUGGAGAGACACUGAAGGCCGCUGUUGCCCUGAAGAGCCGGAUUGAUGAGCGCCUGGGGCUCUUCCUGGACCAGGCAGAGGCAGGCCAAGCCCCAUCAGCAGCUCCGCCCCUGGAGGAGAUGUGGUCAGAUGCAGCCCUGCUAGAGUUGGACAGAGCUUUGCCUGAGGGUGCAGAGAUGUCUUCGGUGGCUGAGAUCAGCAGUCAUGUGUGUGAGAGCUUUUUCAUGAGCCCUGAAAGUACGCUGGAAUGUGAGCAGCCAAUCAGAAGAGUCUACCAGAGCCUUGGCAUGGCCGUGGACGGCCUCUUGGAGAUGGCGCUGGACUCCUCCAGACAGCAGCUGGAGGAAGCUCGUCAGGUUCAUUCUCGCUUUGAGAAGGAAUUCAGCCGUAAGAACGAGGAGACGGCGCAGGUCCUGCACAAGCACCAGGAGCUAUUGGAGUGCCUGAGGGAGCAGCGGGCGGCCAGGGCCCAGCUGGCACUGGAGUUGCACAGGGCUGAGGUUGGUCUCCCCUCAGGCCUCCUGGAAGGGUUCAAAGUGGAGAAAGCAGAUCUGCAGGAGGCUCUGGGCCGCAAGGAGGAGUCGGAGCAGCAGCUGGUCCUGGAGCUGGAGAGCCUGGGGCGGCAGCUGGAGCAGGCCGCCCAGGAGAAGGCAGCCCUGCAGGAGGAGCGCUCCAUCUUGCGGAGCCAGAGGGAAGCUUGGGCUGCUGAGGCGGAAACAAGAGAAGCAGCACUGAAGAAGGAAGUGGAAUCUCUAACCAGGGAGCAGGUGGAGGCCAGGGAGCAGGCAGACAAGGACCGCGCAGCCUUGCUCUCCCAGGUGCGGCUGUUGGAGUUGGAGCUGGAGGAGCAGCUCUCGCAGCACCGUGGCUGUGCCCGGCAGGCCGAGGAGGAGGCUGUGGCCCUGAAGCAGCAACUGGCUGCCCUGGACAAGCAGCUGCGCAGCCAGCGGCAGUUCAUGGACGAGCAGGCUGCUGAGCGUGAGCAUGAGCGUGAAGAGUUCCAGCAGGAAAUCCAGAGGCUGGAGGGGCAGCUCCGCCAGGUGGCCAGGCUGCGGCCCCUGGGCCCCUGUGACAGUCAGGGACGUCAGUGUGCACAGCUGGAUGAGGAGAUUGAACUAUUGCAAGAAAAGUUGAGAGAAAAAUCGGAUGGAUUUAAUGAGUUGGUUAUAAAGAAAGAGUUGGCAGAUAGGCAAGUGUUAAUCCAGGAAGAAGAAAUUAAACAUCUGGAGGAGACAAACGCCAACACCAAAAGACAGGUGGCCCAGCUCCAGGAAGAACUGGAAAAACAGAAAAAGAUGGUGAAAAAACUACAAGAAGAAGAGGCAGCAAAGGAACAGCAGAGGAGUGACGUGAUACUGGUGCCGCUGCCGCAGUCUAGGACCCCCGAGGGCAGGUGUCCCAUGCCUCCAAGGGGCAGCCCCCGGGAAGGCGCAGAGGUCCUGUCAGAGGCGCUGCAGAGGGCCCUGCUUCAGCACGAGAGCCAGGUUUUGGACUUAAAAGAACAACUAGAAAAGAUGAAAGAUGACCUAGUAAGUAAAAAUGAAGAAAUACUACAUCUGAAGUUAAAACUAGAUGUGCAGAGCGACCCUGCGGCCACCAGCACCCGGGGGCUUGACGAGGAGAGUGCCGGUAUAAAGGUUGAGUACAGCAGAAGUUCUGAGGUUGAAGAGCUGAAAGCCAUUAUUGAAAAUCUGCAAGAGAACCAGGAACGGUUACAAAAGGAUAAAGCAGAAGAAAUUGAACAGCUGCAUGAGGUCAUUGAGAAGCUGCAGAGUGAGCUGUCCCUUAUGGGGCCCGUGGUCCAUGAGCUCAGUGACAGUCAGGUGGGCAGCCUGCGCAGUGAGCUUCUCUGUUCCCAGGCCCAAGGCCCUGGAGGGCAGGUGCUGCAGGCUGAGCUCGAGGCCGCACGUGCUGCCAAGGAGGCCCUGGGCCAGCUGUUGGCCGACCAGGCACGUGGACAUAGCGAGGCCCUGGAGGCCCUACAGCAGCGCCUGCAAGCAGCAGAGGAGGCUGCUGCCCGGCAACUGGCUGAACUGGGACACAGUGUGGCCCUGAGGGAGGCUGAGGUCCAGGGCAUGGCUUCCCGGAUCCAGGAGCUCGAGGCCCUCCUGAAGGCAAGGGAAGCAACACUUGUGCAGAGAGAUUCAGAAAUCGGUGCUCUGAACAGGAGCAGAGCAGCGCACUCCGCGGAGCUGGAGGCCGUCCUGCUGGCCUUGGCCCGCUUCCGCUGCGCCCUUGAACAGCAGCCUCGGGCUGCCCCGGAGGAGCCUCCUGAGCUCCAGCGGUUACGAGUGCAGUGUGUCCGCCUCAGCCGCCAGCUGCAGGCGCUGAGCCACCGGUUUCUGAGGUGCCAGGCGGAGCUGGGCCAGCAGCAGGCCUGUGUGGACGCAGAGGCUGUGUGUGAUGACGGGCUGGAGCAGGGGAGCGGAGGCCCCCACGGCCAAGGCCCACAGGACGAUCUGCAGCCUGCCAAAGUCUUGGUGUCGCUGAAGGACACUGGUUUCCACAAACCAGAAAGUGCAAUGUCGGUGCUCACAGUCUGCCAGAGACAGCUGGAGGCGGAGCUACUCUUGGUGACAGAGGGCCUGUGCUUGAGCCCGGAGGAUGUUGGCAGGGUGCCAGCAGGGAUGCAGGGUAAGAACAAGCGACUGGAAGAUUGUCAGCUGCAGAAAUUCGACCUCAUAGCUCAGGUGAAACAACUUCAGAAAAAACUAAACCGGCUAGUACACUCCAUGGCCUUCCAGGACAUGGACGUGGGGGGCUCUGAGCCCCAGCAGCCCUCGGCAGAGGCCAGCCCGUCAGAAAACAGCUCCAGUGAGAGUUCCUGCGAUGGAGAAGCGGCAGACGCCUCGCCUCCUGUCGCUGCAUUUGCUCUCCCCACGACCCCGUGGGGUCUAAUUGGCAGUACUAAAGGUCGGCAUUCCUUGGUCAGGAUGGAAAUGCCAUGUUUUCCCACUCGAGAACCAUCAGAGGCACAGGACGAGCCCCUUUCCUCACAGACCAGUGAUCCCAGCAAGUCCUGCCAUGCCAAGGAGGCUGAGCCUGAGAAGGACCCACUCAGGGUGCUGGACCUGUCCUCCUGGAGCUCUCCUGAGGUCCUCCGGAAGGAUGCGACCCUGGACCCCCAGCCCAGCUUCCCCCUGACACCCUGCUCAGGCGCUCUGAGCCUGCCCAGUGUCAUGGCCUCCCCCCAGCCCGGGGCAGACUCGCUGCUGCAGGCCGACAUGUCGGAGCUGCAUUGUUACCCGGGCGGGUCAGCAGCAGGACCAGCCCUGCAGUGGGCAGGAGCCCUUCCAGCUGAGUACCACCACCACCACCACAUGGAGAGCACCGCUGCGGAGAAGGACGUCGAGGACUUUAUCGCAACUGCUUCUAAUUCUCAAGACACACGAAGAUCGUCUCCUCUGGGCCUGGCAGGGGACUGUGAUGGAAGUGAACACAGUGGCAGCCUGGGCUUUGGAAUGAUGCUGAGCCCAGAACUGGGAAGGCGCGAGGUCCCCACUGCUGGUUCUGCCACUCCUGCUCUCGUCUCCAGAGGGUCACAUCAACCACCCGGAGUGAUGCAGGAGGAGGUGCACCCCCUGCACAUGAAGGCUUUGCUGCAGAUGGUGUGUGACGAGAGCCACCAGAUACUGGCAUUAUCGGAGAGCCGAGGCCUCCCCAGCACUCUGAGCAAGGGUGAGCCCUGGGCCUCCCUGGAUUACUUCUCGAGUGAGGGGCAGGGCCUGCUGGAGGGGGCCCCAGAGAAAGGAGAGAAGGAGUCUUCUGAUACGCAUCUCGACUGGAGGGGCCGGUUUCUGCAGGCCGUUCAAGAGGCAUUGGAGAGGGAGCGGGAGAAACUGAAGGCGGAACUGCAGUCAAGGCCCAGCGGCCCAGACCCAGUGGACUACAGCUUCCUGUUUGAGCGGCUGGAGAAGGUUGUGCGAGAGCAGGGAGGCCUGCAGGGCAGGAGUAGCCUGCUGUCUGAGGUCCAGGCCUUGCGUGCCCAGCUGCGUCUGACGCACCUGCAGAACCAGGAGAAGCUGCAGCAGCUGUGUGCAGCGCUGACCAGUGCAGAGGCCCGUGGAAGCCAGCGGGAGCACCAGCUGCGCAGGCAGGUUGAGCUGUUGGCCUACAAGCUUGAGCAGGAAAAGUGCAUAGCAAGUGACUUGCAGAGAACCCUGAGCAAAGAGCAGGAGACGGCAAGUGAUGUCCGCAGACUCCUAGCACUGGAGCAGAGCGCAGCGCAGGACUUGAAGUCGGAGAACGCAAGGCUGCUGGAGUCCCUUGAUGAGGUGCAGCGGGAGUCCCUCCAGCUGAGGUCUCUGCUGGACGGGAAGGAGAGUGACCUGAAGGCUGCGCUGGAGGAACUGGAGUGUGAGCGUGGGAAGGAGCGUGUCCUCCAGGCCCAGCAGGAGGAGCAGCAGCUGCAGCACCUGCAGAGGGAGGGCCAGAGUGCCAAGGCCCUGGAGGAGUUAAAAAUAUCUUUGGAGAAGCAACAUGCUCAAAAUAAUCAGCUGUGUAUUGCAUUGAAGCAUGAGCGGAUGGCCAAGGACAACCUGCAGCAGGAGCUGCAGAUUGAGCACUCGCGCUGUGAAGCCUUGCUGGCCCAGGAGCGCAGCCAGCUGUCCCAGCUCCAGGAGAGCCUAGAGGCAGAGAGGAGCCGCUCCCGGGAGCUGUCGGAGGCCCUGCAGCACGAGCGGGUCCUGACGGAGCAGCUGAGCCGCAGCACGCAGGAGAAACCUACGCAGCACGCCCUGCUGCGGAAGCUGAAGGAGGAGAAGGCCCGCGUGCAGGAGCUCCAGGCCGUGCUUGCCAGGGUGCAGCAGCAGCUGGAGGCCCAGGCCCAGGAGCACCGUGUGCAGCUCCAGAAGCAGCAGGAGGUAAGUGCCACCUUGAGGUUGGCGGUGGACACGCUGCAGACCCAGAGCCAGGAGCUGAGAUGCUGCCUGGAGAGCAGCAGGGAGAAGGCAGCUUGGCCACAGGCAGAAUUAGAGCAGUCACACACACGAGGGAGAGCGCACCAAGCCCGCAAGGAAGCCAGGAGGAGGAUGCCGAGGCCCAGCCAGGCAGACGCCGAGCAGUGGAAGAAGUGGCAGAGAGACAAGGAGAAGCUGCGGGAGCUGCAACUGCAGCGCCAGAGGGACGCGCACAAGAUGGAGCAGCUGCAGCAGGUGGUGCGAGGGCUGCGCGUGGAGGAGGAGGAGGAGGCGCCCCAGGGCGAUGGCCCCCGCCCAGGCUCCCUGGAGUCGGACCUCCUGCAGGGGCAGCGGCAGGAGCUGGAGAGGAUUCGCCAGCAGCUGCUCUGUGCUGCUGGACUCUUGGCCAGCUUCGUCAGCCGCACGGUGGACAGGACGAUUCACGACUGGACUGUAUCCAACGAGAAGGCAGUGUCAUCUUUAGUGCAGACUUUACAGAGGCUGAAGUCUGAACUGAGCACGCCCACCUCCUCCCAGAAGAAAACGGCAGCAGAGCUCCAAGUCCAGCUGGUGGACCUGCUGCUACAGGACAACAACGCGCUCACCAGCGCCCUCAGCACAGCGGCCCGGGAGGAGGCGGAGCUGCGCAGGGUAGUGUCCCGGCUGGAGAGGACCUUGAAGCACCACGCGCAGAAGGGCUGUGUCCUGGGCAGGUCGGGCAGGUCUGCCUGGAAGCACGACAGGACAGUUCCUCGGUGCUCAGACCCUGGUCGGCCCACACUGGAGGCAGGCGAGGAAGCAGAUAUCUCCAGUGUCAAAAUGGAGAAGUUGUACCUGCAUUAUUUGAGAGCAGAGAGCUUCAGAAAAGCUCUGAUUUAUCAGAAGAAAUAUCUGUUACUGUUGAUCGGCGGGUUCCAGGAUUCAGAGCAGGAGACACUCUCCAUGAUUGCUCACUUGGGGGUGUUCCCUUCCAAAGCAGAUAAGAAGGGAGCCUCAUCUCGUCCUUUCACGAGGUUCCGCACCGCUGUCAGGGUGGUCGUCGCGGUUCUCAGGUUACGCUUCCUGGUUAAGAAAUGGCAAGAGGUAGAUCGGAAAGGAGUCCCACCACAAGGCAGAGCCCCCCGCCCAGGGCCCCGAGUGCCACAGCAGCAGCUGUCUCCACCAGAAACGAGACUGACCCCACCAACCCAGGACGAGCCUUCUGGCCUCGCCAGGGACACUGCCCAAGGCUCUGGACCUGCAGCAGCAGCCUUUCCAAGCUGGAAGGAGAGAUCUGCUCCAUCCCCAAAUUCAAGAUUAGAAAGAGCUCUGGCUGCCUCUCAAGAUUCAGAACAUUCUUUGACAGAAUAUAUUCACCAUUUAGAAAUGAUCCAGCAAAGACUAGUGGGGGUGCAACCAGAUUCUACUUCAAAGAAAUCCUGCCGCCAGAAGACAAAACAGUGAAUAAAGUCCUGUGGCUCUUAACCUGUGGCCUUUCUAUUUGAGGAAAGGUGUUUUUUCCUAAGGAAAGCGCAUGUGACCUGGGCACUCCUCAUGAGCCCCUGAUGCCAGCCCCAAGUGCCACCAAGUCCCUCCUCGAGGCAUUGCAGCAAAGCCACAUGGAACAGUUCUGGCAGAUCUCUGUGCGUUCCUGCUCCCAGCCUCCUGGCCUCUGCGUGGCAGCUACAUGGCUGCCCCAGGCCCGUCGGCAGAGCCCCGUGCCUCUUUGGGAGGGGAGUGAGGACAGCUUCCAGUUGUUUAUUUUCUUAAGUGUACAGAUGGGAACUUGUUUAAAGUUUUGAGUUUUAAACGCACACAGGUGGGAAGGAACAAAGUGUAAGCCCUGUUCUGUUGUGAGCAGCCUGGUGCUGGUGUCUGGUUCACCCAGUGUGUGCUUUUCAUUGGCAAAAAAUGAAAAAAUAAAACCUAGAUUUAUGUCAGACUCUGGAAAGUCAAA